UUCCGCGUACGAAUUCCCAGCUUUCAAGUGACGGUCACACUGCUAUUCAUUCUUGACAAUCGAUAGCUUUUGCCAAGUGACGCUCUUAAUAUCGAAAAAGCAUAAGGAACGAUAGGCCCAUUUCGUUCGUCCUGUUCACAAUCUUCUCGCGUUUUCCCAGGAACUGGUCAAGAUGCCCAUCAUCGGGCUGUGCAUCGAACUGCGCCCCAACCUACGCAGCGGCGUGGUCUUCCUGCGAUUCGACCAACAGUUUUCGCAGGGCCACGAGACUAGCGUCAUCGUCCGCGACUACAAUGUUUAUAUCAGCGAGAAAGGUGAGAAUCAGGCGGUCGACUUGGAUUCCGGCUCCGAAAGCGACAGCGAGGACUCCGACAAGAUGAUGGUCAUACGACACGCGCAGUACGGUAUGGACAUUGCCUGCCUUUCCACGUUCUUGGUCAGUGGCAGCAACAUGAGUUUCCGCUUCAACUACAACCACAUUGAUCUGGCCAGCGUGGAUGGGAACGCUGUGGACGUGCCGCUGGCGCCACUACUCCUCUCCUGCCAGGAGAACGAGGCCAUCACUAUCAACUGUCGUGAUUGCCGCGCGGAAUUGGUGGCGGGCCGGAGCUAUCGCAGGCUGAGGGAGUUUCCCACCCUCGUGGUGGAUCCCAGUGAGUUCUUUUGCCACAAUCAUGGACCGGCGGGCAAGACCCAACCAAUUAGCUUGACGCCCGCCGAAACGGAUCUCUUCUAUGGCCUCAACUAUGUGGUCAUCAACUUUAACAAAGAAAGUUCGUGCAUGUUCAAUCGCGACGAUCACUUGUACUGCCAGCGCUGCAUGCGUUAUUUGGGGCUGACCAUGUUCGAUGGCACCGCCGCUCGCAUCUGGGCUGAUGCGGUGCGUUGGCGUCCCGCAGGAGCGGCGGCAAAUGCCCCCGAGCGACACUUCUUCCAAAACUCCACGCUGACGCAGCUAUUCAAGCGUCUGCUGCACUCGCUGUGGCCUCAACCGUUGCCUCAGCUCUGUUUGAACACCAGUCGUGCGGUGCUGGUCACCUCGCUGCCCAACCGAAAUCAACAAUACAUGUUUUUGCACGUGGUGGAGUCACAGCUGCGUGUGCUGCGUCGCAUUCGCCCGAAUUCGAACCGUCUACGCUGCUUUCGCGCCUGCAAGCUGUACUUCGGCGUUUUUGGCGCCAAUUCACCGCUGAUGGAGAAGUGGCAGGCGCAGCAGACGCUGCCCCAAAUGGAUGUAUCACUGAACAUGUUUCUAAUGAUUCAGAAGCGCCUCGAGACGAAUGGCCGCUUGAUUCCGGACGCCUUGUGCACGAACUGUACGGAGGAGCACCUGCAGUUGUCGUACUUCUUUUAUGAGAACGAGGAUCAACCUGACGGCGGGGUCGUCGAUUCGGAUGUGUUUAUGGAUCAAGUGAGCAACAUGCAUCAGAAGGAGGUGGAUCCCUACGAGACGGAUGCAGGAAAUGCCAGCGAGAGCGAUGACGAGUACUCGGAUACGGACACCGCUUCGGAGGACAUGUCGACUAACUCGCUCGGCAUGCGUACCCUGCUCAAACGCAGCCCCACUCCGCCGCGGUCUUCCGCCAAAAUGGCCACCACCACCACCCCGUCCGCCUCGCCGGAGGACAAGUAGUGCCCCAAUUCGAUUCAGAAAUCAAGCAUAGCUUGUUAGCAAUCAGUUCCAUCCAAAAUACUUUACUAUGCCUUUGAUGUAAGUCCUCACAUCCAUUGCUUUUGUUUUUCGUUGUACAUUGGCUUGAAAUUAAUUAGCAGUAAGAGGAAUUGAUAACGCCAAAGACUAUUUUUUGUUUUGUGAAGAAAAAAUUUGAUUUGAUUUUUUUGCUUGACUCGUUUUAUAUAUAUGUAUAUUAUAUAUAGUUUAACAAACGUUUUGCAACAAGUAUUAGCUGGAUAAACGACUUCUAUAUGUAUGUACUAGCACAAAUGCAGUGCGUUCCGUGACUGUAAGUCCAAUGCGACAUGUUAAAGUCUUGGCCUUACAGCUGCGAAACGCACUGCACAUGUUAUGAAGAAAAGAAAGAAGUUUUUUUUGCUUUUGUUUACACUUUGACGUUCCCUAUUAAUUCAAAUAAGUUAACGAGAAAAAAAUAAGAGUAGAGUAAUAGUAGAUAUAAAGUAAAAUUGAAAUAUUGAAAAUAUUCAAUUUUUAUAUAUUUUCAAAGAACUGAAUUAACAAGUUUUCCGAAAUGUGACUUACCAAAAAAAAUGAAUAGGAACUAAGCGAAAAAAAAAGUUAUUGCUUACGAAUAACAUAUAUUAUAAAUAUAUGGUAAUAUGCUUCAAUAUGUUUCCAGAAACAAGAUUAAAACAGAAUAUGUAUGAACUAUAAUUUAGCUACACAAACAUUUACACACAAACAUUAUUGUCCAACAUUUGUAAUUCUGUUCUUAACUACACAUGUCAACAAAUAACCGAGAAACAUUUUAAUUUUAAAACUCUGAUGUAAAGUAUAUGGGAACACACCUACUUAUAUGUAUAUAUUUAAAGUCAAUGGGAUGAAUGUAAGGCGGAGCAGUGCGCGCCGGGACUGUAAGACGGUACUGCUGACAGUCAUACAUGACUCGCACUGUCUGCACACUCGAUAAAUGUGAUUGAAGACGCUUUGGGUAAUCUCAACUUGUGUUUAGUUUUAAGCGAAACUCAUGUGUUCAUCCAAACAAAGAAGAGGAGAAGAAGGCUGCCCAGGAUCAGGCGACGAGGAUCACCUGAGGAUAAGUGAGGAUAAAUAAAGUUGGAAUCAUAUACACAUUCAUUUCAUGAAGCAAA